AUGGACCCCUCCAUCCUCCCCCGAGAUGACGCCUCCGGCCGCCCACCCAUCUACAAAGCAAUUGGCAUUUCCCUGGCCGUCGCAUCAGGCCUCUUCAUCGGCGUCUCUUUCGUGAUUAAGAAAAUCGGACUGCUAAAAGCGAAUGCGAAAUACAACGAAGAGGCCGGCGAGGGAUAUGGCUACCUGCGCAAUUUCUGGUGGUGGACUGGGAUGACGUUGAUGAUUGUUGGGGAGAUAUGCAAUUUUGUUGCGUACGCUUUUGUCGAUGCUAUACUUGUUACGCCGUUGGGUGCACUGGCGGUUGUGGUGACUACGAUAUUGUCUGCGAUAUUCUUGAAGGAGAGGUUGAGUUUCGUUGGGAAGGUGGGCUGUUUCUCGUGUAUUGUGGGUUCGGUGGUGAUUGCGAUGAAUGCGCCGGAGCAGUCGUCUGUCAGUGAUAUACAGGAUAUGAAGAAGUAUGUAAUCACGCCUGGGUUUCUGUCCUAUGCGGGUGUGAUUGUGCUUGGUUGUGCGUUUACAGCAUUCUGGGCUGGUCCGCGGUGGGGAAAGAAGAAUAUGUUUGUGUAUAUCAGCAUUUGCAGUCUGAUCGGCGGAUUGAGUGUGGUUGCGACGCAGGGACUUGGGUCUGCGAUUCUGGCGCAGAUCAAUGGCAAGUCGCAGUUCAAGGAGUGGUUCCUUUAUGUGUUGCUGGUGUUUGUCAUUGCGACGUUGCUGACUGAAAUCAUCUACCUGAAUAAAGCAUUGAACAUCUUCAAUGCCGCCCUCGUUACCCCAACUUACUACGUGUUUUUCACCACCUGCACAAUUGCUACCUCCGCCGUCCUUUUCCAGGGCUUCCAAGGCACCGGCAAAGAGAUUGCAACAGUCGUCAUGGGUUUUCUGCAGAUAUGUGCGGGUGUCGUCCUUUUGCAACUAUCCAAGUCAGCGAAAGAUGUCCCCGACGCGGCUGUCUUCAAGGGCGAUCUCGAUCAGGUGCGUGAAGUAGCCACGCAGGAGGAGAGUGAGACGGAACCCAAGGCCGAUUCGAUUCGCGGAGCUGCUGCUAUCGUACGGCAGUUGUCUAGUACGAGACGAAAAGGGGAGGAAGAGGAACUCAGACGGUAUCUCAGAGAGAGAAAUGAAGAUCUCAAACCUCCGGGUGAAAACGAAAUCGUUGAGUGGGAUGGCUUGAGACGAAGGAAAACUGUCCUGAAUGGUGCGAGGUCACAUACGCCAGGCUCAGUUAAGAGCUCGCUUCCACCAUUAGGAAUGUCACACAUUCCAGAAGAAGAACAGGGCCAAAAUGAAGACAGACUCAACCACAGCUUCAUCGAGGGCAUCCGUUCCCGAGCAUCCAGUUUUCUCCAUCCUCAAUGGCGUCCGAUCAACGAUGACGACGGAACAAUGCCACCAGAUACCACCGACUUCGCCUACACACGCAGUCCUACCCCACAAGCAACACCAAAACCGGUAUACAGUGGUGGAAAACGCCAAUUCUCAUUCAACACCGUCCUCAAUCGCCUUAAAUCCCGUCCCUCCAGCCCAGCACACGGCAUCCUCUGCUCAACACCAACAUCCGCCGAAAAAGAGGCACUCAAAAACGCCACAGAAGAGGAACGUCUCGGUCUCGUGCUUGGUGGCGAAUCGCACCAUCCUGAAGACGACGAACUAAACGAGCGUCUAGCACGAACAGAAUCGGUGUCCUCUGCUGAUUCUAGUCUAGGCGGCGGACAGGCCAUGAUGGAUCGUCUGCAUCAGUCGCUUGACGAGGCGACGAGGAUCUAUCAGAGUCCAAAGCCGAAACAGAAUCAGGUCUCUGUGUCGACUGUCUCAACUGCGCUGGGGGCUCCUUUUGAGGGGAAUACGGUUUAUCCUUUAUCUUGUUCGCAGCCGCCAUCGUAUAGCACGUUACCACAACCUGAGGCUGUGCCAACGCAGCCACAAGCGCAGAGGUCAAAUCCAUUACCUCCAGUUCCGCCUGAAAGCCCACUAGUCGCUGCAGGAGGUGAUUCGCAUGUGCGGGUUGAACUGCGGUCUCCGUAUAGUCCUGUGGGGUCAGAUGUGUCCAGCCGCGGACGGGGUGGAUGGCGUCGAGAGGACUAUUGA